AACAUAUCAAAGGUAAUAUAACUCGUACGUUACUAUUAUAUCUCUCUUGUUCUUCACCACCUACCCAGAUCGGUGGCAUCUUCUCGAAACCCUCAUUACUGACUGUCUCACUCUCACAGCUCAAUCAAUGGCCGCUCCCCAAGAUGUCUCCAAAACUCCAUCCUCUUCUAACAGGAGGCAGAUGGUAACUCAAGGCUCUGUUGAUAUAUAUGCUGCACAGUGUAAAGAUUGCUUGAAAUGGAGAGUGAUUAAUACGCAGGAGGAGUUUGAAGAGAUCCGACAAAAAAUCAUCGGAGAACCUUUUCAAUGUAGCAGAAAGGCUGAUUGUAGCUGUGAUGAUCCUGCUGAUAUCGAGUAUGAUUCUAGUCGUACAUGGGUCAUUGACAAGCCUAACAUUCCAAAGACUCCACAAGGUUUCAAGAGAAUCUUGGUACUUAGAAAAGAUUACUCUAAGUUGGACUCUUACUACAUCACACCUACCGCCGGUAAAAAAUUGAGAACCCGCAAUGAGAUAGCGGCAUAUCUAAAAGAUCAUCCAGAACUCACUGGUGUAUCUGCUUCUGAUUUUGAUUUUUCAUCCCCGAAGAUAAUGCAAGACACCAUCCCAGAGUAUAUUGAGCAGAAGGAUUCUGCUAACAAAAAAGCUAAGAUAGCUAAAGAUGAAGUUUGAGAAAUAUGAUCACAACAUUGCUGCAUGAUGUUGUUGAUGCUGAUUAUGGUUGGUUUGUUUGUAAGAUAUUAUUUCUAGGUAUUGUGUUAGGGGGACAGCAGUCCAGUGGUAUUGAAACAAUUUUUUUUUUCUUUUCUGGUGGUCUUUUGUAACCUAAACAAAUAUUAACCGCCUCUUUGUGCCGAGUAGUCGGAACACCUGGAAAAAUAUUUAUUAUUCUUCUAUGCAUCCCUAUGGAUUUGCCUUA